CGGCGACACUCUCAGUGUUAUCAACCGAAGACACCCGUCACUACAGCAGCGAAUCACAUGGGAGCGAAAGUAUGUCACCAUCACAGCAGGAUGAUGACGACGACGACACAAUGGACGGCGACAAUAGCCUCAGUAGUAAGCGGAGACGCACCGGGACACCACAUAAAAGAGACCAACAGCGGCGAUUCGACUGCGAUGUCUGUAAUCGGUCGUUUGCCAGACAGUAUAAUUUGAAAACCCACAGGUUAACGCAUUUUCCAAAUAUCCAUGCGUCGAGACCUUUUAAUUGCCCCCAUUGCACAAAGGCGUUUACAAGAAAACAUGAUUUGCAGAGACAUUCGGUCUUGCAUGAGAGGAAGGAUAAACAUACUUGUAUGGCUUGUCAGAGAGGGUUUCCAAGGAAGGACGCGUUGAAAAAACAUUUGGAGACUGAAAAGUGCUGUCAGCCAGUAUGAAUCAAAACACCAGUUUAUUUUUUGUUACAUUCUCAUAUUUCUUCAUUGAUAUUUACUUGCAUUUUUCACAUUU